GGCCUACAUGUUUAAAUAUGACUCUACUCAUGGAUUAUUCAAAGGAAGCAUUAAGGUUGUAGAUGAUUCAACCUUAGAAAUCAAUGGGAAGCAGAUUAAGGUUGUGAGUAAAAGGGACCCUGCUGAGAUUCCUUGGGGUGAUUAUGGAGCUGAGUAUGUUGUUGAAUCUUCCGGUGUUUUCACAACAAUUGAAAAAGCUUCAGCACAUAAGAAGGGUGGAGCCAAGAAAGUAGUUUUAUCAGCUCCAUCAGUUGAUUCUCCCAUGUUUGUGGUUGGAGUAAAUGAGCAGACAUACAAGCCAAACAUGGACAUUGUUUCAAAUGCAAGCUGUACUACCAACUGUCUUGCUCCUCUUGCUAAGGUCGAUUGCUACUUGUUUUUAUUGUUUUUGUUUUGGUUCUUGUUGUAGUUGUUUUUUCUUCUUCUUUGUGUGUGUGUGCGCGCACGCGCUCUGGAUGAGUA